CCCUGCUUCAAUUCCCUUUCCCCCCUUUCUCAGCUCCCUUGCUAAGUUUCCUUCCAGUCCCCUAUAGCUCCUAGUAACAGAAAAAACUGUUUUUUUUUCAUUGCCAACUUGAGUGAGUCUUGGUUGCACGCUUCCUAACCCUGUCCAAAUUGGGCACAAGCCUGCCACCUCAGCCCAAUCUUUCCUUGAACCUCCAACUUUUGUUCCCAAUUCUUGAGUGUUCCUGUAGGGAGGCUCUUCCGUUUUUUUUCCUCUGGUCAUCCUUUUCCAGGGGAGGUUCUGCCGAAAAAUUCUUCUCUAGUGUCCAUUUUCUAGGGGAGGUUCUGUCAAAAUUUCAUCUGCAAUCAGUGAAAUCUCCAAGGGGGGUUCUGUCAAAAUUUGAUCUGCAAUCAGUCAAAUCUCCAAGGGGAGGUUCUGCCAAAAUUUCCUCUGAAAUCAGUCAAAUCUCCAAGGGGAGGUUCUGCCAAAAAUUUCAUUCGCACAUAUUACCAACACUUUUAUCUGGAAACAACACAGAUAAAGAGUUUGUGUUCUUGAUGAUAGAAUAGCAGAGGAGCUAUAGUAGUUUGUGUAGAUGUUGUUGCUGGUCCUCUGGGAGCAUUUCCUCUCCGGUUUUAUGGUCGGCUCAGCAAUCACACGCCUUGUCCAGUCCUUCUCCGUUGUUUUCCUCUACUGGUUCUAUGUUUUCUCUGUAAGUUCCUUAUAGUUGCACCGUUUUGACAAAUCAAGCCUUCUUUAUAUUAUAUAAGGAAGCAAACAUAAUUAAAUCUAACUAGUAGACAAGAAAAAAUAAGAGUGAGGGAAAUUAUUGUGAGUACACAUAAGUUGUCGGAAGGCGAUCAUGUCAAGUGGGACCUCCUUCGGGUCAAGCCUCGGGACUCGGAGUUCCAGGUCGGAGGAGGAUGACAUGGACCUCCAGGCUCAGAUGGAGAAGAGGAGGAAGAGAAGGAAGGAGUCGAACCGGGAGUCGGCCCGACGGUCUAGGGUGCGGAAGCAACAACACCUUGACGACCUCUCCUCGCAGGUGGAUCAGCUGAAGAACCAGAAGCAACAACUCGGCAUGGCACUCGGUGUGACCACCCAAAACCUUGUGGCAGUGCAAACACAGAACUCAGUGAUGCAGAUACAGAAGCUGGAGUUGGAGAGCAGGCUGUGUGCUCUAAGAGAAAUCACCUGCUGCAUGAACUCAAUCAGGAACACCACAAAUCCAGCCACCAUGGGCAUCACAACGGGCAGUGGCUAUGACAUUUUUGGCACCAGUAGCACAUGGAGCCAGCCCUUAGACUUGUACCAGUGAAUCUAGGGGCGAAGAAGAAGAAGAAACGAAGAAUGGCUAUUGUUGUCUUAGUUGGUAGGGCCAGAAGUUAUAAAGUUCCUUUUAAAUCAUGUAGGGCCUUCAUGUCACCAUUGAUUUGUCUCUCCUUCUCCCUCUUGAUUGUUUAUUCGGUUGGUGAACACUGAUGGUAGAAAGGGAAUCAAGAGAGAGGCAUUUUGUACUGGCUCCUGUGAUGGUUGUCUCUAGCAAGAUGUGGACUGGGUGCAUCGUGAUAUGCAAAGUGCUCAUUCCCAUCUUUCAUGUAUAACUAUCUCCUUGUAGUUUCAUCCAUCAUGCUCAAGUAUUGUACUCUCUCCAAUCCAUAUUAAUUGUCUCAAA